GCUACAGUCACAGAUGUCUAUCAGUUAUCAAAAACAGUAAAAGGCUUAAAGUUGAAGGUCCAUGAUAAGUCAUUUAGUUUCCAGCCUGGACAGUGGUUGGUGGAUUUCUUCAUUUCUGGAUUGGAUAAAAUAGCGGGCUACUCCAUAUGCACCUCUCCAGAAUAUUUCAUUGAAACUAAUCUAAUUGAGCUUGCUGUCAAGUAUUCUAUCUAUCCCCCAACUUUGUGGGUCCAUGAGGAAUGUAAAAUAGGCAGCCAGGUGGACAUUGCGGUUGGAGGACAGUUUUUCUUCAACAGUUCUGUCUACUUAAGAAGUCUAACUUCCUCCCCAGAAAAAGAUCACAAAAAUAGAAAAGGUAAUCUUCUUUUGAUAGCCGGGGGCGUAGGAAUCAAUCCCAUAAUUUCAAUCCUCAGGCAUGUUGUUAGGAAUUCAAGUGUACUUGAAAAUAAAAUGAAUGUUUUGCUGCUGUAUUGUGCCUCCGAUGAAGAUGAAUUAAUAUUUAAGGUCCGAUCUUUGAUCAUGAUUCAUGAUCUAAUAACUAAAUUUUUCAAACUUAACACCCAACCAAAAAAUUCAGAGAGCCAACGCCUAAACGAGGAUUCUUUAAAAAUGAGGAUAGAACGCCGUUUUAAUAGGGAUGCGCUGGAUGAUCUAACCUGUUAUUUAUGCGGACCCAACGAGAUGAUUGACAGCCUGAGUGGGGCCUUGUAUAAGUUAGGCUUGCCACAAGAUAGAGUCUUGUACGAGAAAUGGUGGUAG